CUCUUGCCCCUUCUCUUUGUCGGGGUAGCAGUUGCGCUGACGUCAUUGCACCGCGUCCUUCUUCUCUCCGGUUUCCGGCGCUCGCCCGUGCGGAGCGGGCGGGCAGGCCCUUUCCGCACCCUCUCCGCCAGGCGCUGACCUUCUUCUCGGCCCCCCUGCGGAGGGGGCGAGAGGCUCUCACCACCACCGCGCCGGCGAUGGCUUCGGGCCGAGCGGAGGCGGCGGCACCGCGGGUGGCAGAGCUGGAGGAAGAGCUGCGGAGCCUGGCGGAGGAGCUGAGCCGCUGCCAGGCUGAUAAAGAAUUUGUGUGGUCUCUGUGGAAACAUCUCCAAAUGUCAAGUCCAGAUCUUACUCAAGCUGUCAGCUUGGUUGUGGAAAGAGAAAAGCAGAAAGCUGAAGUCAAGGACAGAAGGGUUUUAGAGAUUUUGCAAGCCAAAGACAGCAAAAUAGAAACCCUAGAACAGACUCUCACAGGACAGCAGCAGGAGAUAAACAACUUAAUACAGAGAAAGAUUGCUGUGGAUGAGGAAAAUGCCCGUUUGAAGAAUGAAUUCAGUAACUUGAACCAGAAAUUUAAAGAUAAAAGCCAAGAACUUAAGGACACUGAGGAGUGUGCACAGAAGAAGGAAGAGCAAAACAGACUGGUUAUAAAAAACCUGGAGGAGGAAAAUAACGGAUUAAAUACAUGCUGUGCUGACCUGCUAAAUGACCUGGAGAAACUGAGGAAGCAGGAGGCACAAUGGAAAACAGAAAAAUCUGGCAAUGAUGUCAGAAUAAAGAAUUUGGAAACUGAUUUAACAGAGGCAAGAGAACAAAUGAAAGAGUUGCGCAGUAUAUGCAGUAACUUGUCAUCUCAGGUGGCUGUGAAACAGGAAGAACUCUCCCAAAAGGAUUCUGAUGUGAUUAAAGCUAAGAAGGAGUUACAGCAGCUGCAGAAUCUUUACAGACAAAACAUUGAACAUACAGCACAGCAGGCUGAGCUGAUAAAGCAGCUUCAGGCUCUCAAUACUGAUACACAAAAAGUACUGAAAGACCAAGAAGAUGCUCACACAGCUGAAACAACAUCAUAUCAAAAACUUUAUAAUGAAUUGACUUCAUGUUUUGAAACUGUUAAAACAAGUGAAAUUCAACUGCAGCGAAGCUGUGCCUCUCUUCAGGAUCAGUUACUUGGAAAAGAUCAGAAGAUUUGUCAGUUACAAGAGCAACUUCAGCAGGCUCGUGGUGCUUUAAAUGCAGUACAUCAGAACUCUUCUCCAAAGUGUGAAGUACAGGUAUUUCAACAGCCAUCUUUAAGUGAGUUAGAAUGUCUUAUUACAAUGCAAAAAUCUGAAAUCGAGCUUUUACAGGAAAAAUUGAAAAAAGCAAGUCUUAACAUAGCAGAGCAUAAUUUGUAUGCUACAGAUACCCUGGAAAGCAGCAAUAUAAGGACAGGAAGAAAGCAUGAGGAACCACCUGUGAAACGUUCAAGGUCUCUGUCCCCAAAGAGCUCUUUUAGAGAGUCAGAGGAGCUAAGGAAGCUUAAAAUAGCUGAAAGAAAGAUUGAAAACUUGGAGAAGACACUACAACUAAAGACUCAAGAAACUGAUGAGCUAAGAGCAGCCCAUGAACAACGCAAAGAGAGGCUGCAGAUGUUACAGACCAACUACAGAGCACUAAAAGAGCAAUUAAAGCAGUGGGAAGAGGGCGAUAGCAGGAUUGAAAGCAGUAAAAGCAGAUACCGGCAUGCAGAUCCCCGUCAGCUUUGUCAAGAGGAUUCUGAUGCUGUAUGGAAUGAACUGGCUUUUUUCAAAAGGGAACACAAAAAGCUGUUGAUUGAAAAACUGAAUCUUGAAGAAGAAUUGAAUCAGAUGAAAGUACACCAAUCUGUGGAGCAACUUUUUAAACUUGCUGAAGAUGAUGCGUUCGAGGAUAGUACUCAGAAGAGGAAUAUGAAAGAAGUUUCACAUCAGACAUUACAGAAGGUACAACAACUAGAAAGAAGAUUAAAAGCUAUUGAAGGGGAUUUAAAGAAACAGAAAGAAGUAAAUAAAGACUUACUGAAGGAGAAAAAUUAUUUGAAAGCAUCUUUAGAAGUGCAAAAGGAAGAUGCAGACACAAGAGAAAGAGAGCUGGAAGCGCUACUUAAGAAGAUUUGUGAAAUAAAAAAAGACAAAGCAGAACUUCAGUUAGUGAUUGAUGAGCAGGAGAAAGAAGCUGCCUCUUUGAAGAGGCAAGUGGCAGAAGCUAACAGGUUGAGAAAUGAAAAUGAAGAUUUGCUGAGUCAAGCGCAGGAGCUGAAGUGUUUGCUGGAUGAAGCCAAAGCAGUGGCAACCUCUGGGCAAUGUAAUUGCAGGAUAACAGGCACCAAGGUUAAAUUAAAAACAGCCAAGAAAAAGAGCUCUUUGGGACAUCAUGGAGCUUUUCUCAAACAGUCCAUCAAGGUUAUGAGUAAUGUAUUUGAGAACUUCAGUAAGGACGGCUGGGAGGAUGUGAGUGAAAGCAGUGACUCUGAAAUACCAACUUCUGAAAGUUUGGAAACAGUGAUUAUGAAGACAGUGCAAAACAUUGAUCCACUGCCAAACAGAAGUAAACAACAGGGUAAAAAGCAAAUACAAGGUAGUGAAAAGCCCUGCAAUGUUGUUCGUUUAGAAGACAAACCCCAGCAGUAUAAUAAAAAGAGCCAUUCACAGAAUAAAGACCUAGAAAAGUUACAUUCCAAGAGGAGGAGGAUCUCCUGUCUCAUAACAUCUUAUCCAUCAAUUCUAAGCAAAGUGAACAGAACAAAAAGGAGAAAUACUGUCCAGAAACCGGGCUACUCUGUUACUCUACUGCAGGAAAGAAUUAAAUCAUUGCAGCAGCGGAUAGCUGUUUUACAGAGUGAAAAAAAGACAGCAAUGUCUUCUGUGAAGGGAUUUAAAGAAACCAAUGAAAAACUAACAACUCAGCUACAUUUGGCUGAUCAGAGACUUCAAGCUACUAAACUGACCAUAGAGGUGUUGACCUCCAACCUGGCCAAGUGGCAACAGGAGAAAGAAGAUUUACAAGGAAAAUUGAAGUUGAGAGAACAUCUGUCUCAAACUGCUGGCAAGAGUGAUGCCAUACCAUCUCCUUCAAAGAACACUGAUUUAGAGAUGAAACAGCUGCAGUGCAAACUAAAGAGUUCAAAUAAUGAAAUCACUAAGCAAUCGGCCACCAUUAAGUCACUAAAAAAAGAAGUCCAGGAAAAAGAAGAACGGAUUCGGGCACUACACGCAAAGAUUUCUCGAUUGGAGAGGGACCUUAAUAUGAAAAGACAUUUGGUAGAAGACUUAAAGUCUCGUCUAAAAGCAAAUCAAGAAAAUGAGAAAACCUCUAAUGAAACAUUAGAAAGUCUUGAGAGAAAGGUAAAGGCACUGGCUGAAGACUGUUCGAACAAAAAAACUUCCAUUGACUCACUGAAACAAAGACUUAAUGUAGCUACAAAAGAGAAGUCUCAGUAUGAGCAGAUGUAUCACAAGGCUAAAGAUGAUUUGGAGAAAAAGGAGCUCAAGCUUACCAACCUAGAGAGCAAAAUGAUUGAGACUGAAUGUGCCAUGACUGAACUUGAGACUACUGCAUCUCAACAACUACAUGGCUUGGCUAAACAGAGCGGACACGCUUUGGAAACCCUACAGAAGAAGCUGCUGCUCACCAAUGACAAAAUAGAAGAGUUCAUGACAUUUGUGAAGGCUCUAACCAGAGAGUUACAGCACAGCGUACAAGAGCUGAGAACAAAAAUCAAACAGGCAAAAAAAAUGGGAGAAGUGAGAGCGUGCAAAAAGAGCCUUUCCCAAGAGUCUGUUCAGUUGGCAGCAUCUAUCCUUAAUGUUUCAACAACUGAUCUUGAGGAGAUAUUAGAAGUAGAAGAUGAUGAGGAAACGGCAAAGGCGAAAAUGGAAUUUGAAAAAGAUAAAGAGUGGCUGCAGUAUAUACAGAAACUUAUUGAAGCACAGUUUCCUUUUGCCUCAUACUUAAUGGAUGCCAUACUGGAAAAAUUAAAUGAGAAGAAGAAACUGGUAGAAGAAUACAGUUCUCUCGUGAAACAUACUGUAUGAUAUUGCUAAGACCUCUCUUUGCAAAGUGUGACUAAGAUAUGCGUGCUGUUCCCUCAUGUCUUUCCUCUUCACAUAAAGAGCUGUCAAUAUGUAUGUUCAAUACAUAAGUAGAAACUGUGAACUAAUUGUUGAACAAGAGGAAUUAAUUACGUUCCUAUUUAGAAAAGAGUGUGGAGUUUGAUUCCUGAAGGCAAAAAUUGCUGCAAAUCAAUGCAAAGUUAAAUAUUAUUUUCCUUUAAAUGCAUUAGCAGGGAACACCAGUGGAGGCUUUGUAGAGAAAGGAUGGUUUUGAUACAACCAACACACAUCUGUACAAUUCAGAAAGUACAAAAAGCAGCUAAGUAACUCCUGGUUGUACUAGUCAGAGCAGUAGAAGUAGGAUUUACAAAGGAACUGGGAACAUCAUUGGGAUUUUCAAUACCUAAUUUCUUUUAGCUUCUUUGUAAAUCCAGCUUUAUGAUAUAUACUACAUAAAAUUAUAUGCUCUCUUUUUGUUGGAAAAAAUGAGAAAAUGAAUGAUUGUAGAAAUAAGAGUAUUCAAUGUAGAUUAAUACUCCUGGGAAAAGCUGUAUUUUCUUCUGAGUUGGAGUGUGUUGUGUACAAUGUAUUUAGCUGUAUUUAAAAAAUUCAAUACAAUAAAUUUAUUUCCACUGUGGGUUUUUUUUCA